AGUCGCGGGGAUCUGAUUAACAUCAAAGCAAAACCACAGGAUUCAUUUACUGUUGUGACCGUUAUCGGUGGUUUGUUUUACCGCAAAAGACGAAGCGGUUUGUAAAGAAAGAGCGGCGGACAGUUGGUUCAACAUGUCGUCGGAGGAGUUCGAGAAAAUGCACGAAAUCUACCGAUCUCUGUACGAAGAGCUCAAGCUAAUCCCAGACAGAGCUCUGAAGAGCAACGGAGAGGAGAGGAAGAGGUUGGUGAGGACCUUCGAUGAGCGGCAGGGGGAGGCUGAGGAAGUGUUGCAAGGAAUGGAAGAAGAGCUGCGCGCUGCCCCUCCUUCCUAUCGAAACGCCAUGGGUACAAAGCUGCGCCUGUACCGCCGGGAUCUGGGCAAGCUUCAGAGGGACAUGAAAACAUCUGCUCCCAGCUUUGGCUCUUCUUCUCAGGCAGUGGGAGAAAGUCAUCACGGCAUCUAUUCAUCACAAAAUCAGCAAAGUACACACCUGCAGUCCCAGAGAGCCUUGCUGCUCCAGGGCACAGAGUCUCUGAACAACGCCAGCCAGAGUAUUGAACGAAGCCAACGCCUCGCUGCGGAGACGGAGCACAUCGGUACAGACAUCAUCGAGGAGCUGGGAGAGCAGCGGGAACAGCUGGACCGCACCAGAAACAGAUUGGUGAACACUGGAGAGAACCUCAGCCGAAGUCGAAAAAUCCUCCGUGCCAUGUCGCGGCGGCUGAUGACGAACAAGUUGCUUUUAGGUGUCAUCAUUUUAAUGGAGCUGGCCAUCCUGGGCGCUGUGGUUUACCUCAAGUUCUUCCGACGAUGAGCAAACUACCCAUCCUGAAAAAGAGUCUCAGCUCUGGAUCCGGGACAAACCCGGAUUCUCUACAUCUGUCCCCAUUGACUAUUCACUAGCAAUAAUGCUGUUCUGCUGUAUUCAGCCAACUGUUUCUGUGAGUGCAAACAAGGACAAAGAAGUGAUUCAGUAAGUGAACGUUUACUGAGAGACGAUUCUGUCCCUCGCCGGGUGAUGUCCAUUUGACAAGAAUAACAUAUUGUUGAACCUGUUAAUGGACCGAACCCACAGGAGCUCCGUGGUCAAACUGUGAACUGAGAUUUGCACUGUUUGCUCAGACUGUUUUCUCCAGUGAUCCCUGCAGGACGAUGUGCUGGACUUGGCUGCUACAGAUCCCACAGAUCGUUCUCUGUGAGGUUUCAGUCGAGACUCAGUCCCCCGUGUGAAGACUCUGUGAAGUGAUACUGACGCACAGCAGUUCUGUGAGGUUUAUAAAUUCUCACAGUGGGAUGACUGUUAGUAUUCAACACCAUUCUAUUGUUGAUUAUCUUUAUAAAACUAACAGUAUGUGAUGAAAUGGCACCAACUAUCUGUUUUUCCAGAUGGUUGGAUUGAGUUGAUUUUUCCAAAUCUGAGACGUGAGGAAGAAUUGGUCAGUCAGAGGUGUGAACAGAGAAAAAGUUGGGGGGGGGGGCUCUUAACACAGAUACUAUGUUCUUAAAGAUCAAUAUUGUUGUUUAAUCUCUGUAUAAUUCAAACAUCAUUGUUAGAAAUAGGGUUCAGUGUUCUUUAUUUGACAUUUACACAUCAUUAAAGCUAAUCUUUAACCUCUGUUUGCUUUGCAAUAUUUCGAUUUUAAGGCUGCCAAACAGGCCAUGGUUGAAAACAAACACUAUGGAGCUGACAUGGCAAAAAUUAUUUACAGGCUAAAGCUUCAGAGCGGGUCAGGUUAGUGCUGGGUAAACAGCAUCUGUUACUAUGGAAUUAAAUCUGAAAUAAUGGGUGAUAAGGUUAUUUUUAGUGACGUGUUCCUGAAGUGGCACAGCUGCUGCAAUGUUGUUCUUCCGAAUAGAUAUCAUGCUUUCCUAGAGUGAUGCCAAGUACAACAACACGUCUGGUGACCUGGCCGUGUGGAUGAGAUGCAGAGCGGGAGUUUGGGUAGAAGAAAAGUUUUUAGUUUUUUUUUGCUUUUAUCUGAAAUAUUCCUUCACAUUCCCUUUAAAAAAAGCUAAACAAAAAGCGCACCUGCUGCUCCAGGUUUAUAGAGGAUUCAAAGGGUAAUACUGAAGUUGUAUAACCUCU